GUAACCUACCCUAGAUAUUUGGCCUUUUCCCAAUUGAUUCUAAAUCUGGUGUCAUUCUCUUCCUACUGCUUUCGUGGUGAUUGUCGCGAGGAGGGACGGCUAUCCAUGGGAUCGACCGCUUGCUCCAUGUUCCACUCCAGUUGACCUGACUUUCUGCGGAUGGCAAAAACGUUGAAAAGAAUGGAAGCCGGGCUUGACUCGUGAUAAAAAUUUCAAUAUACCUACAUUGGUCACAACACUUCUCUUUUUUUUCAUACCGCGCCACUCGCCGCUUUCUCUUGAUUCUUACCAGAACAGAGUGAUACCUUGACCGUCACUCUCGCCCUUUUCGGGAAUGUCGUCCAAUAUGACGUCGUCGGCAAAUUAUAAACCACCAGCACCGGCUGCAGAUGCUGCCACUGGCUCUCAUGGCACCACCACCGCCACCACCACCAGCAGCACGAUGGCCUCGCCGCAGCAACAGCAACAGCAGCAAAUACAGAACCACGCACAAGCGCCUCACAGCCCUAAUCUCCCGUCGCGAAUUGCGUCGGUGAUGAUUAUGGGCCUGACAGGUGUCAUCUCCAGGACGUUCUUGUACGGCUUCAACGAUAUUGAAGUCAAGGGCCUCGACAGGUUCAAGCAGCUUCUAGACAGUCGCGAAGAUCCGGAGAGGAGAGAGCGUGGACUUCUCACAGUCUCCAACCACAUCAGUGUUCUCGACGACCCGGUAGUAUGGGGCGUCCUCCCAUUAAGUUACGCCUUUAACCCGAACAAUCUCCGCUGGACACUGGCCGCUCAUGACAUUUGCUUCGCCAACCCAACAUUCUCCGCCUUCUUCACAGCCGGCCAAGUCCUCCCCUGCCACCGCCUCAAACACUCCGCGCACGGCGGCCUCUUCCAGCCCUCCCUAACGCAAGCUAUCCGCCUCUUAUCCUCCCAGCCUUUCACGCAACCCGGCUUCUCCCCCGCGCCCCUGACCUCCCCCGUUACUUCCCUCUCGACCCCUUCAGCAGUCGACAUCCCCGACCCCUUCACCAUCGGCACCCUCACCUACUCCACCACCGGCUCCGACUCCCACCCCGCCCCCUCCAUCUACACUCGCAACCGACACUCGUGGGUACACGUCUUUCCCGAGGGCUUGGUUCACCAGCACCCGCAGGUCGAUCUGCGGUACUUCAAGUGGGGCGUUGCGCGCCUGAUUCUCGAGAGCGAGCCUGCUCCCGACGUGGUGCCCAUGUUCAUCGACGGUACGCAGCACGUGAUGAACGAGGAGCGCGGGUUCCCGCGCUUCCUGCCGAGGAUCGGCAAGAAGAUCCGGGUGGCGUUUGGGGAGGUGGUGGAUUACGAGAGGGAGUUUGGGGAUUUGCGGAGGAGGUGGAGGAGGGAGGUGGAAAGGGUACGUCAACAGGAGGAAGAAGAGGUAAAGGCUGCUAAGGGGAACGAGUUGGUUGCUGUGGAGAACAGCAGCAGCAAGCCGCGGUUGCUGGGUGACUUGCCUGAGCAGCUCAAGUAUUCAGAGGAGGCGCAGAAGAUCCGGAUCGAGUGCGCGAGGAGGAUGAGGGAGCAGGUCCUCAAGGUCAGGAGGGAGUUGGGCGGGUAUGACGAGAGUGAUCCCAACUUUGGAGAGGCGAGCACGUGGGCGCCGGACAGGAAGGUCAAGGCGGAGAAGUACAAGAGCAGGGUGGAUGGGAGUGAGAUUAACCAGGACUAGGAGUGCCGUGGCUAAGUCUGCUCGUCUAUCAGCCGUGCGACUGUUGUAUGUGCGAGAGAGUGUGGGAGUUGAGAUGGAGUGAAAGAGAGGAAAAAAAAAAAACCAUGGUCCAGAGAGGCCAGAGCGCGACUGGCUAGCUGCUUGAGUCUCAGCCACCUCGGUCCGAGAAGAGAGGAGAAGUAGAGACAUUAUGGAUGUAUCUUGUAUGUAUAUAGAUUUGCGGUUUGGUGACAUGGGCGUCUGUGAUAGUUGGCGAAAUCUAGAAAGCGGGCGGAUCAAGAUAGAGCAAGGUUGGGAAAAGCAGUUUAUUGUAUUCCAUUCACGAGAUACAUCGGGAGGGCUAGCGGGGCGUGAAUACUGCCUUUUGCGUUGUCCACAGUCGAGUAUGAUCAUGAGAGUAGGGCAUAACUAGGGAUCUUAGAUCAAACAGGCCUAUCACACAUUCGGUCUAUUUGACAAGAUUCGUGUUCAUUGGCCUGGUUUAUGAGCAGUAAUUUAUACCGUGAAAAG